AUGUAUGUUUUUCGUUUCUUUGUUUCCCUUUUUCUUUGUUUCUCUUUGUCUCUUUGUUUCUCUCUUUCUCUCUUUUUGUCUCUUUUUUCUUUUCUCUUUUUUCUCUUUUUUCUUUUUUGUCUCUUUUCUCUUUUUCUCUUUUUCUCUCUUUUUCUCUUUUGUCUUUUUCUUUUUUUUUUUUUUUCUCUUUUGUCUCUUUUUGUCUUUUGUCUCUUUUGUCUCUCUUUUGUCUCUUUUUUGUCUCUUUUUUCUUUUUGUCUUUUUUCUUUUUUUUGUCUUUUUUUUUUGUCUCUUUUCUCUUUUUUGUCUCUUUUUGUCUUUUUGUCUCUUUCUCUCUUUUUGUCUCUUUUUGUCUCUUUGUCUCUUUGUCUUUUUUUCUCUUUUUUUUUGUCUUUUUGUCUCUUUCUCUUUUUGUCUCUUUCUCUCUUUUGUCUUUUCUCUUUUUUGUCUUUUUUCUCUUUUUCUCUCUUUCUCUUUUUUGUCUCUUUCUCUCUUUUUGUCUUUUUGUCUCUUUCUCUCUUUUUGUCUUUUUGUCUCUUUCUCUCUUUUUGUCUCUUUCUCUCUUUUUGUCUCUUUCUCUCUUUUUGUCUCUUUCUCUCUUUUUGUCUCUUUCUCUCUUUUUGUCUCUUUCUCUCUUUUUGUCUCUUUCUCUCUUUUUGUCUCUUUCUCUUUUGUUUUUUCUCUUUUUUGUCUCUUUUUUCUUUUUUUUCUUUUUUUGUCUCUUUCUCUCUUUUUGUCUCUUUUUCUUUUUGUCUCUUUCUCUCUUUUGUCUUUUUUCUCUUUUUUUCUUUUUCUCUUUUUGUCUCUUUGUUUCUUUUUUGUCUUUUUUCUCUUUUUGUCUGUUUUUGUCUCUUUCUCUCUUUUUGUCUGUUUUUGUCUCUUUCUCUCUUUUUGUCUGUUUUUGUCUCUUUCUCUCUUUUUGUCUGUUUUUGUCUCUUUCUCUCUUUUUGUCUGUUUUUGUCUCUUUCUCUCUUUUUGUCUGUUUUGUCUCUUUCUCUCUUUUGUCUGUUUUUUCUCUUUUGUUUUUCUUUUUUUUGUCUCUUUUUGUCUUUUUUUCUCUUUUUCUCUUUUUUGUCUCUUUCUCUCUUUUUGUCUCUUUUUGUCUCUUUCUCUCUUUUUGUCUCUUUUUGUCUUUUUGUCUCUUUUUGUCUUUUUGUCUCUUUCUCUCUGUUUCUCUCUUUGUUUCCUUCCUUCUGA